UGUUCUUUCUGAUGCCCUUUGAAAUCUUGAAAGCAGGGGUUUUUUCUGGAUAAAACAACUGUAAAGAAGUGUUUCAUAGUUGCAGCCUCAGCACUUGUUUUCACCGAGAGGAAUGACUCUCAAAACGCAUCUAUAUGGCUCAAGAGCUAAUACGGUCCAGGGAAACUGAUGUGGCAGUACUGAACUCAAUGGACAACAACAUGUUUGAUAUUUUUGGUAGAAUCAGCAGUGAAAAAUUAUCUAAAGAAACACAGUACUCAUCAUAUUUGGUUUUCAAACUAUGGUCGAAGCAUGGCUACAUCAACCACUCAUUCAGGGGAGUGUCUAGAUUUGUUGACAAUGAGGGUAGAAAUGUGGCUCAAGGUAGAGCUUCACACCUUAUUUUUCAUGAAGAUGGUGCAGAGUAUGGCCUUAUAAUGUGCGGGUUCCUAUUUCUAGAGAUGACGGGUGGUUGGAGGUGGAAAUUGGAACAUUUUUCAACAUUGGACGGAAUUGUGGUGAUGUUGAGUCUUGUGUGUUGGUUAUUCUUCCCUUCGGUCUAUUUCUCGUUGUGGGAGGAAUUGUAUUUCGGCUUGAAAUUAUUUUUGGAGGUAUGAUGGAUUGGGGAUUUUCCUAAGAAUCCUUGGAAGAAAAGGCCAACUUCUAGCUAGUGACGAUGAAAACAAAAGAGUAACUUGUCAGAUCGAUAUGCAUAUUGACUGCAGUACACUAGUUUGUCCAUGAGUACAUUCUAGCUUAACAUGAUCUUUCUACUAUCACGAGAUGUUGUCAUCUCUUUAUCGUACUUGAGUAGUAAUGUAUUUGUAUAAAACAUCAAUUCCCUAUUAUCUAGCUUAACUGAAUCGGACACCGUUUGGAAGAAG